CAGGACGCAACAUAUUCACAACACGCAAGGUCUAAUCCGAAAAAAGGGAAAAAAAAUACCCUCCUCGCACGAAACGAAGCCAACCCCCAAACUCCGCCGUCACCGGCGACCCCCUCCCCUCCUCCUUCCGCCGCCGCCGCCGGCGAGGCGUAUCCCGCCGGUACAUCUAGAGAAGAGGUGGUGGGAAGGGUGGGGGUUGGGGUGGGAGCAAACGAGGCGGCGAGACAUGAAUUUCUUCUCGGGGGUAUGGGUGAGGACGAUGAUGAAGCGGCUGUGCAAGUCGCUGCUGAAGAAGCGGCUCGGGGAUCUGAUCCUGGGGGACCUCGACCUCGACCAGUUCGACCUGCAGCUCACCCGCGGCACGCUCCACCUCUCCGACAUCGCCCUCAACGCCGACUUCGUCAACCGCAAGUUGUCAGGAUCUGCUAUCAUGAUGAAGGAAGGAUCGAUAAAAUCCCUGCUAGUUAGAAUUCCUCUACUAUUAAACAUGCGCGACUGUUGCGAGAUUGUCGUGGAGGAUUUGGAACUUGUGCUUGCUGCAUCUGUUUCUAGCGAAGAUCCUUCUGGUGAUACUGAAUGCUCUGUUUCUGGUAGUAAUACUGACGACACACAGAAAUCAGUCCAGGCCAAAAGAAAUGAAUCUGAUGGCAAUCAGUGUUCUACCUCUGCAUCUCGAGAUGUCGACAAAGGUGUCCAGAGGAUAGCUAAUGCUGUCACAUGUUUUCUUACCAACUUUAACAUCAAGUUAAAAAACUCUUAUGUUGUAUUUGAUCCUCAAAACAUUUUGGAUAACAAGGUCCCAGAAUUUAAUCGAUCACUGGUUUUCCGAAUCAAAGAGACCGAAUUUGGAACCAAUCUUUCAACAGAUGGUAUAAUCAAACUUCACAAUUUUGUGACAUUCCAUGAGGCGGUCAUUGAGUUUUUGAAGAUGGAUGAUGUUGAUGCGCAUGCACUUCUUCAGGAUGAUUUGGAUAGAGGACCAGCAGACAUUUCAUCAGGUCAUAGCACUACCGCGGUCUUGACAGGUCCUAUCGGUGGAUUCUCAGGGAAAUUGAACUUAAGCAUCCCAUGGAAUGGCUUGAACUUUAAGAAACUUGAUGCAGAUAUAUCUCUUAAUUCAUUAGAAUUGCGGUUACAACUGAGCAGUAUCCAAUGGCUCAUGGAUGUGUGGGAUUCUCUCCAAAGAAGAAAUCUAGUACAUGAACAGAGUUAUGCCCAUAAUACCGCAGACAUAUCUAGAUCUGCCAGUUCAUAUGUAUCAAGCUCUUCAAAAUCAGGUUCAGGUUCUGUGAUAGCUAGCAGGGAACAUUUGACAGAGGACACAUUUUCUCAACUCAGGCAAGAAAAAACACAAGAGCCUUCCCUGACUAUGCCAUACUUGAUUCCGGACUGGAUUCCAGUGCUUAUCCAUGAGGAUCACGGUGACCCUGAUUCAGUUUGUGAUGAAAGCAUCGACCAGUUCUUUGAAUGUUUUGAGGAACUGAUGAACUCCCAGACUAAUCUGGGAAACAGUGGCAUAUGGGAUUGGACAUGUUCAGUGUUCAAUGCAAUUACCUUUGUAUCCACUUUAGCUUCUGGAUCAGAUCAAAUUCCUAAAGAACCGCCGAUAGAGAAAACCUUGCGGGCUUCCAUUGCUGAGAUAUCUGUUGUUCUUUUGUUCAGUGAUGAAAUGGAUGCUGGCAAUUCCAGUGUUCCUAUCAGUCAAUUCAAUGACAUGAGAAAUUCUGAAAUGUUUUCAAGCUGCCUUUCCUUUGCACAUUUUGAGCAAUCAAUGAUAUCUCCUGCUCCUGCUGCCAGCUUGAAUAUGCAUCACGUUGAAGCCAAGUGUCAGAACAUUCAUCUUUCCCUGGAGACAUAUCCUGAAAACCUAAGUCUCAAGGGAUCAAUUGCUGCUAUAAAGCUUGAUGAAUACUAUGGCAGUAAGAACAAUGAUUCAGAUCAUCCAAAUCUUGGUGCUGCUUUCUUGAACAAUAAUUUUUGCAGAGAAGUUCAAGCUUCUCUCCCUCAAUCUGUAUUUGCUUAUCAAGAUUACCAUGAGGAAACAUCACGCCGUCAUACCAACAAUUCAAAUGACCUCACUAAGGUCGAAUUGCUAAACACGUUUGGUGAGUGCGUAUUCCACUAUGAUGUCAGUUCCUCAGGUCAAGAUGGCAACCCAGUAAGCUCAACUUCACUAUCAGUCUGUUUGGCUCCUUUGGUUUGCUGGGUGCACUUUCACACAAUAUAUAUGCUACUGAAUUUUAUCAGUAAAAUCGAGUCUGAUGUUUUGCAUGGGGAGGAUAAAAUUCAUAGGAAGAAUGACGAAAAAAAUGUCAAUUUGUCUAUGAAGUCAAAUGUUUCUUUGGGAGGAAGCCAAAAGGUUCAGAUAGCCCUGUCGCCUGCAAGAGUCAUCUUUUGCUUUCCUUCUGAAUCAUGGGAUUUGAGCUGCCCAUCCAUGCUGGAUAAGUUCCUUGUCAUUGACCACACACCAUCUCUGAAAUCAGGAGCAGAUUCAUCUCCACAUCAAAAUGAAAUGCCUAAUGAUGUCAAUGCAAUCACACCAUCUACUUUGGUCCAUUUGGCUACAGGGAACUUUGACAUCUAUUUGGUUAGACCAGUUAAUGAUGAACUGAAUGCUAGAACCUGUUCUCUGAGUAGGCAAACUUUCUCUUCUCUGAAGAUUUUCUCUGUUACCGGAUCCAAUUGUCAUGAAACUGGCAUUACGAUGCUCUGGAAGAAGUAUCCUUUAAAAGACCCUGAGAUGGUGAGCAAAACUUGGAGUUUGCCAAACCUGCAUGAGCAAAAGAUUGCUCAGAACAAAAAUGGUAAAUGGGUUGGUGUUUCCUCUUCUACAACCUCAGAAGAUCUUGAGGAAUCAAGUUCCAGUAUACGCAGGGAGCUCCUCCGGAGCACAGAGUUUUUGUUGCACAUUAAACUUUCUUGUGUCUCAGUUCAUCUCAGUAAGAAGGACUGUGGGAUACUAAACCAUUUGCUAAAAAACAUCCUUGAUGGUCUUUCAGAUGGAGCAACUGGAAAUUUUGAAAAUGACAGUGACAAUUGUAUGCCAAUCCAUGAUACUGCUAGCCAAACAUCUGUCAUUUUUGAAUGCAGCAUCUUGGAUAUCUGCACUGAAUUGGAUGAAACUGUUGAAGUUGGUCCUUUAUUGCAGACUGAACUAGAAGGUUCCUGGAACUGUCUCAAAUUGUCAAUUUCAAAAUUUUCUCUGCUAUCCUCUUCUAAUGUUGGCGGGGUUAACAAUGCCAAUUUUCUUUGGGUCAAUCAUGGUGAAGGUGAGCUCUGGGGCUCUAUUACUGGUACGGAUGACUAUGAAGAAAGCAAAGAUGUUCUUCUAGUUGUUUGCAAGGAUUCGGCAAGUAGACGAGGUGAUGGUGAAGGUAGCAAUAUCUUGUCUUUUGGAACUGCGGGCUGUUCUGUGACUCAUAUCAUGAACCCAAAGUUUCAGAAGAAUUAUACUUCUAUCAAUGUUCGUUCUGCAACAGCCGUUGCACCUGGUGGCCGCAUGGAUUGGAUAAGCGCGAUUUGCCUAUUGUUUAGUUCAGCUUCAGAUGGAACUGAACAACCAGCUAAUAGUAGCACAAUGAACGAUUCCCAGGGUGGUGAACCUUUUUCAUCACUGUUCUUUCUUGAGCUGGUUGAUGUUGCUGUGAGCUAUGAACCUCAUUUCAGAAGUUCUGCACUCAGCGCUGAAACUCCAGACUGCAAAUACUUUUCAUGCCUUUUAGCUGCAUCAUUGUUUAAACUUCACAGCAAAUCUGCAUCAAACUCUACAGCUACUGAUUUUGAUAUCGAGCUGCGAGAUCUCGGGGUUCUCAUUUGUGGAUCCUCUAGUUUUAAAAAUGUCAGUUGUGGCUAUGGUGCAGAUUACCUCCGUCGGAUGGGCUAUGCUAAGAUUGUGCAGAAUACAUUCAUUGAAGCUGUUCUAAGAAUUGAUACUUCCUUUUGGAAACUCGAAUUAUCAGACUCGCAAUUCGAUAUUGGUACUUGUCACGAUACGACACAUGGUGUUAUUCAAUUGUGCUCCCAGCUUCAGCAGCUAUAUGCUCCAGAUAUGCGGGAUGCUUUAGAUCAUCUACAAUCCAGAUGGAAUAGUGUCCAACAGGCAAACAAGCAAAAUAUGGGCACUGAUGUGUCAGAAAAGUCAGAGAGUAGCAUUGAUAAUCUGACAGAUUCAGAGGAGUGCAAGUCAGAUGGUUUGCUUGAUGAUAUAAUUGAGAAUGCCUUUUGCACUGACCAGGACUUCGCAAGCUACUCAUUGAGUGGUAGCGAAAUGGAUGAAGAGUUUGGCCUGAGUAAGGCCAUCCCAGAGGCAAAUGAUGCCUGUAUUUCACUUGAAUCAUUACUAGUUACCCCUGAAGCCAGUACUAGUGAUGAUCUAAUAAUUGAAUCUUAUUAUAUGCCACCUUCGUCAUCAUCAACUCUAUACAAUGAAGACCAGGGCAAUUGUGCUCCUAGAACCGUAGAGUGUGACGAAGGUGAAUGGUAUAAUAAUUUUCCCACAAUAGAUGAAAACCAUGUUCAAAGGAACAAACCACGAGAAGAGCAAAUAUUUCAACAAAAACUGAAGCCUGCUAUUUUCAUCUUGAAUUCUGAUGAAUCGUGCAGUCUGAAAGGAAAGGUUCUUAUUCAUGAUAUAGAUGUCAAGUGGCGGAUGUACGAGGGAAAUGACUGGAAAUUAGCUCAGAAAGAUACGAUUAGCCGGCCGUGCUCAAAUGGCAGAGACAAGAGGUCUUAUUUAGAGUUUAUUAUGUCUGCGCUCAAUAUCCAGUUCAAUAUGUAUCCAGAUGGGGAUAUUUUUGUUUCUAAGCUAUCCAUCUCUGCCAAAGACAUCAAUAUUUGCGACCAAAGUACACAUGCUCCAUGGAAAAUGGUUCUUGGUUGCUACAACUCAAAGGAUUACCCGAGAGAAUCUUGUUCUAGUGCAUUCAUGUUAGAACUGGAGUCUGUAAGACCUGAACCACAGGCUCCUUUGGAAGAUUACAGGUUACAUCUUGAGAUUUUGCCUCUACAGUUGCAUCUUGAUCAAGGGCAACUUAACUUCCUUAUCAGUUUCUUCCAGAAUGACUUGUGCAACAACCCUAAUUUGGCUUGCGAAAAUGAGAAUAUUGACGCGCAGAGUACAAUGUAUCGAAGCGAUACAAUUGCUGAUGAGGCAUUACUUCCUUUCUUUCAGAAAUUUGAUGUGAAGCCUCUUGUUCUGCACAUUAAUUAUAUUCCUCGGCAUUUUGAUCCUGUUGCACUUAGCAAAGGAAAUUAUGCAGAACUUCUCAACAUUUUUCCAUGGAAGGGAAUUGAUUUAAAGCUGAAGCAGGUUUCUGCCAUGGGUGUUUAUGGUUUCAAUAAUAUAUGUGAAAUAGUAGCUGCAGAAUGGUUAGAGGACAUCUCAAAAAAUCAGGUCCAUAAAUUGUUAAAAGGGCUUCCACCUAUAAAAUCAUUAGUUGCUGUGAGUUCAGGCACUAAGAAAUUGGUCUCUUUACCCAUAAAGAGCUAUAAGAAGGAUCGGAAGUUGCUCAAGGGAAUGCAAAGAGGUGCGGUUGCUUUCAUUAGAAGUGUUUCCAUUGAAGCUGUGGGGCUUGGUGUACAUUUGGCGGCAGGAGCUCAUGAUAUGCUUCUAAAGACAGAAAGUGCCCUUACAGCAAUUCCACCACCUUUAGCCUCACGUGAAGCAAAAAGAACCAAAGACAAUGUAAGAGCUAACCAGCCUGAAAGUGCGCAAGAAGGGCUGAAGAAGGCAUAUGAAAGCUUGACCGAUGGGUUUGGAAGGACUGCCUCUGCUUUGAUUGGAAAUCCUAUUAAAGUUUAUAAUCGUGGGGCUGGUGCCGGAUCAGCUUUGGCUACUGCAAUCUGUGGAGCUCCAGGUGCUGCAGUGGCUCCAUUAUCAGCGUCUUUUCGUGCUGCACAUUAUACACUUCUUGGUAUAAGGAAUAGCCUUGAUCCUGAACGCAAGAAAGAAUCUAUGUACAAAUACCACGGGCCUCCUCAAUUGUAGACUUCCAUUGAGAAGAGGUGGUCUGUUCAUUCUUUUGCGAGAUCUCGUAUUUACCUGGAAGAACUGGUUCAAGAGCACAUGUGUGCAAUCUCAUCAAAGGGUGGUGGGCAAACUUGUACAGGAUAAGUCAGAUUUCCACACUAGCAAUCCAACCAUUUGUGAAUCAGUGCCAUCUCCGAUGUUCUUGUUGGAGUUCAUAAUCCAUCUCCUCUGCAGGUGUACAGUUUCAGAUGCCACGUCGAAAACCUUCAUACUGUAAAUUACUAGCACACGAUCACGGUUGUAAUCACAAACGUGGCCACCCGGAGCGGGUGGAAGUUUUGUUGACUCCUUGCUUAGGAUUUGGCUAGAGAGAGAGGGUCACAGGGAGCUUGGCUCGGUGGCUCUUGUACAUAAAUUUGGUGGUGAUUACUGAGUAGUGCAAAUGUAAAUAUCUCUCUUGUUUCUCGGUUUUCCAUUUACGUUUUUGUUGGUUUGAGAAACUGCUCACUGUAACUCUCACUCUACAAGUGUAAAUAUCAUCAGGUUUUGUGCUGCUGCAAUGAGAUAUAAGCGCUUGUUUCG